AGCACUUCAUCGAAUCCCCGACAAUGGAGGGAGGGGGGGAUGGGUCAAGGAACCGCAGGCAGGCGGAGAGGCUUGAAAUCCUGUUGGAGUCCUCGAGGACGCUGAUUGCGAGGCUGGCCAGCCUCAAGAACGAAUUGAACCAUCCUGACGUUCAGAGCCGCCUGCCAUGGAACGAGAAGCAGAUGAAGUCUGUGGCUCAGCACAUGAAGAGCACGUUCCCUGCAUAUCCCAAUCUACAGUCUCUUGAUGACUCCAAGGGCCCUGAGGAGCUCAGGAAGCGCUCCAAGGCAUCGAUCGUCUGCCAGCUGCUCGAGAGGUACUUCCUCGCCUUCUACGACAGUGUUGAUGUCCGAGAAGAGACGCGGAUGCUCCUGGCUGAGAUCGCGUGUGAGGGUCAGGGCAUGCUGCUGCAGGAGAUGCCGACGCUGGUUGCUGCCUUCAUGAACCUGCUGGUUGCGUACAUGGAGAUGAUCCUCCUCCUUUCUCUCAUCGCAGACAAGGAGCUGAUUGUCUGCUUCUACACCUACUGCUUUCAGUACGCCACUGAUCUUCCUGUGACUAAGUACGAACCCGUCGCCAACUUGUUCCAUCACGUCUGCCCGAGUUAUGAUGUCGCAUGGCAAUCUCUGAGGAGUGAGUUCGAAGAGGUGCCAACCUUCGCAAACUACGCGACAUCGAAGAAGAUGUCGGACUUCUUGCAAAGUUUGCUCUUUGAAGACAGGCGGUCAACGGCGUCGCAGUCUGUACUGUCUUACUACCAGUCGAUGCGUGAUUUGAUCGAUGGCGACUCAUGCUUUGGAAAUUCCUUAAUUCAUAGUGGGGAGAACCUGCAAUAUCCGUCAGGAUUCAAGACAGUGGGAGAGCUGACUUACUGGAUGGCACCGCAGAUGGAAGACAUGUUAACUUGGAUGACGAUGGGGCUGCUGGCAUGCCCAACUUUGAUCAUACUGAAUCACACCAAGGACAACGUGGAAUUCAUGAAGCACGUUCUAGAGGAGCGAUGGGUGAUUGAGUGUGCAGGACUGCAGAUAUGGACACAUGUAGAGAUGUACAAGAUCUUCCAUGACAAGAGCUUCAUCUCGGAGUACGAGAAGAGUAUGUCGAAGCAAGGUUUCAAGGCUGCCAAGGACCGUUUCAAGAAGUCGAUCUCCAACUUCAUCAAGAAUGCUCCUAACGAGCACAGAAAGCGCAGGGCACUGCUGCAUGUUCGGUGCGAGGGUUUCUUCCAUGUGCUCAGCGACUCGCCUGGCCUCCUCGGCCCUCAGUGGUUCUCCGUACUGUCUCUGCUCUCCUUGGCCAAGUCAGAGACCCUCUGGUUCCUGCAGCAUCGUGAGCUCCCGACAAAGAGGAUGAAGGAGGGUGGGAAGGAGGCGGGAAAGACGUACAAGAAGCACGUGUGGCAGGCAGAUUCUCCGACAGGGGAGGAACAUUUCAUCUCCCUCCUUGCAUCCCUCCUUCGCCUCAAGAACCUCUCCCUCAAGUUCCAGCACGUUUCCUCCGACUAUUUCUCGUCCUACCUUGAGGGACUGAUCGGCUCGUCGCUGGCUCAAGCAGCCCAGGCAGCGGAGGACGGGAAGGUGUCGCAGUACAUGUCGGAACUUGCUGAGGAUCUGAGGCAACCCGAGCCGUCCAAGAUGAGGAGUGUGCGUGUAGAUGUACAGAGGCUAAACUGUUGGAUCCGCAACAAGAACUACAGGAGCAGAGAUGGUUUGGAGGCCAUCUUCAAGAACUUGCAAAGAGCAUAUUAUUCUGCCCUUGUUGUCGAGGACAGCGGAGAGACUGUCUUUAGCCAUGCCAGUCUCGGAAGCAUCUUCCUGUGGAACGACCAGCUUCUCUUUCAUGCCAUCCAAACCUUCUUCGAGAUCAACCCAGCCAGCUGCUUGAUUGCUGUCCAGGUCUAUGAUGACAUGACCAGGUGUGCUCUUGCUCAGGCGUAUCCCGAGGAUAUCGAGAGUCACGGCAAGCAAGCUGUGACGUUUGCUGAAGAUCUGCUCAAAAGGCUGUGCAAGGCCUUCACUGUUAUGCUCCGGAAGCUCAUUCGUGAUCGAGAGCAGACAGACGUCAUCGGGUCGGCGAUGGAAAAAUCUCCUCUCGCCUCAUCCCUCUCCUCCUUCUGCAGCCAGAUCGCGCAUGACUGUCUCACCAUCAGAGUCUUCAACCGAGUCUUCAGUCCCCUCCAAGAAGUCGUCCGGGCAGUUCGACAGGAUCUCCGCGACUUCCUGUACGAGAAGAUGCUCACGGGAGGGAUCAUACAGCCAAGGAUCACCUACCGCCAACUCCUCUCCUACCUCAACUCACUCUCUUGCCUCGAAGAGUUCGCCUCCAUGUCGCUCCCUGACCUGCUGGGCACUGUACUGGAGGACGUCUUCGAGGACGCAGCGGUGGGGGCAGUGGGGAAGGGUUUCAAGCUUGACUUGACUGGCUCCUCCUUCAAGGACUCGACCUGCCUGUCCUACAGGGUGGCCGAGUGGUACGCCACCAUGGUCGUGAAGCAGGACGUUUUCUUCGUUCCCUCCAAGAAAUCUUUCGUUGGCCCCGAGCAAUAUGUCGAGGACUCCACCUCGGUCCCCUCCCUCAUGUUCCUCUCCCUCCUCGUUGGGCCCAGAGGGUUGAGGUGCAUGGACCGGGUCCUGCUCUCCAAGAUCUUCAGGCUCCUCGAGAAAGUCCAGCUCAGCCUCAGCAGCAACCGGCCGACCCUGGCGAAGAUAGCGGAGGACUUCAAGGUGCACGACUACAAGGAACUGGAGGGGCUCGGCCAGCUGGACCUCGACGACGCCUUCAAGGCCCUCAGCAGCAUCGGAUCUCUGCUCCAGCUGCGGCAAAACCUCCACCUCGCCCUCAGCCACGCCAUGGAGCACUCCACCUGCCCCAGAGCCCUCCAGCUGUGCGUCAACCACACGGGCUCCUUCCUGCGCCUCCGGGAGACCUCGGAGCUGGACAUGAUCGCGUACGACAUGGGAGGUAGCAACCAUCUCUUCCCGGUCGACCCCAACUUGCAGCACACGGCUCUCUCCUCCGGCGUCUUCUCCAGGGAGGCCAUGGCAAGCGGCCGUUGGAAGAACCUCGAGCUCCUCCUCGCAGGCCUCAUCAGGUCCCAUAACCUGCGCGACGACGUCGUGCUGACAGAGGCCUGUGGCUACGGAGGAGUCCUCAACGGCCCAGCUGUGGGCAUUCUCGCUCUGCUCAUCCUCGCCGUCAGCAACGAGCCGGAGGAGCAGCUUCGAGAUACUCCGAGUGACCUCCUGCAGGAGCGACGCGUUUCCCACAGCAUCGCCGUCCUCGUGCGCAUCAUGACAUACCUGGCGUCGAAGCCCGCGAGCAAGAAGCAGAAGAAGAAGAGUCAGAGGGCUGCUUUCAUCCUUAUUGACAGGUUCAUCGAGCAUGCGGAGAAGUACUGCCCCAACGUCCGCAAGCACGCGCCUUCCUUCCUUAUGUCUAGCGCCAUUCAGAACCUCGUGGUUCCUGACGAGGCUCACAACGAGACAAACUUCACUGAAGAAGGGAUAGUCGAGUAGUCUAUGGCUCAGUCCCAAGGCCUCCUGUACCAGUAAAGUACCGCUAAUUUC